GUUCCGGUAGUUAACCGGGUGUCAGUCCGACGGUGCGUUCAGUCUCUCCGCUAUUACCGGACAGAUCAUCAUGUCGUCUGACCCGUGCUCCUUCUCCUCCUUCACCAGGUGCGUCACCAAACACCUGAAUCUGUCUCUGCACGUGGACUUCGACAGACACGUCAUCAGAGCCAAGGUGGCGCUGACCGUGGAGGCUCUGGAGGACCGUUUCUCUGCCUUGACUUUGGACAGCAGAGACCUGAAGAUCCUCUCAGUCAGCGCUAAUGGACAAGCAACGCGAUUUACGAUGGGCCCAAAACACAGCUUCAAGGGGACGCCACUGGAGAUCACGCUGCCCUUUGACCUCUCCAGAGGGCAGCACGUGAUCGUGGAGGUGACCUAUGAGACGUCUCCAUCGGCGUCAGCUCUGCAGUGGCUCACACCUGAACAGACUGCUGGGAAGAAACAGCCGUACCUGUUCAGCCAGUGUCAGGCUCAUCACUGCAGGAGUAUGGUUCCCUGUCAGGACAGUCCAUCAGUCAAACACACCUACUAUGCCCAGGUGUCUGUACCCAAAGACCUGGUGGCUGUGAUGAGUGCAGUGAGAGAUGGACAGGAAGUUGAUCCUCAGGACAACAACAGGGUCGUCUACAGAUUCAGACAGCCGGUGCCCAUGCCUUCUUACCUGAUCGCCAUUGUGGUUGGAGCUCUGGAAAGCAGAGAGAUCGGGCCGAGGUCCAGAGUCUGGUCUGAGAGAGAGUUUGUGGACAAAGCAGCGUUUGAGUUCUCUGAGACGGAGACCAUGUUGAAGACAGCAGAGGACCUGGCAGGACCAUAUGUUUGGGGUCAGUACGACAUCCUGGUUCUUCCUCCUUCGUUCCCCUAUGGAGGGAUGGAGAACCCGUGUCUGACCUUCGCCACACCAACACUGCUGGCAGGAGACAAAUCUCUGUCCAAUGUGAUCGCUCACGAGAUCUCCCACAGCUGGACCGGUAAUCUGGUGACCAAUAAGACAUGGGAACACUUCUGGUUGAACGAGGGUCACACAGUCUACCUGGAGAGGAUGAUUGGCAGGUGCAUGGAAAGUGAGCAGUUCAGACAGUUUAAAGCCAUGGGAGGCUGGAAGGACCUGCAGGACUCGGUGAACACCUUUGGAGCCAACAACCCUCUGACUAACCUGGUCCCCAGCCUGCAGGAAGUCGACCCGGACGACGCCUUCUCCUCUGUGCCCUAUGAGAAAGGCUUUGCUCUGCUGUACCAUUUGGAGGAGCUGAUGGGAGGGCCAGAGGUGUUCAUGGGUUUUGUGAAGUCGUACAUCCAGUUGUUUGCCUACAGCAGCGUUACUACAGACGAGUGGAAGAACUACCUGUUCACCUACUUUAAAGACAAGGUGGACGUCCUGAACAAGGUGGACUGGAAUGCCUGGAUGUUCACACCCGGGAUGCCUCCAGUCAAACCUCAGUACGACACCACGAUGGCUGACGCCUGUAUCGCCCUGAGCCAGAGGUGGAUCAAGGCAAAAGAUCAGGACCUGAGCAGCUUUAAACAGUCAGACCUGAAGACACUGUCGUCCCACCAGGUGAUCGAGUUCCUGUCCCUCCUGCUUCAUGAGGCUGCCCUUCCUCUGACUCACGUGAAGAAGAUGCAAGAAGUUUAUGAUCUCAACACCUGUAUGAACUCAGAGAUCCGCUUCAGGUGGCUGAGGCUGUGUGUGCGAUCCAAGUGGGAGGAGGCCGUUCCCAUAGCUCUGAAGAUGGCUACUGAGCAGGGCCGGAUGAAAUUUACCAGACCACUCUUCAGGGAGGUGUUUCUCUUCGAAAAGUAUCGUGAAGAAGCUGUUUCUGUGUUUCUGGCUCAUCGAGCAGCGAUGCACCCGGUCACCUCCGGACUGGUCAGCAAGGACCUGAAGGUGGAAGCCAGCACCGCCUCCGGUCCUUGAACAUCAGAAACCAGUCUGUAACACCAGAAACAUCAGUUAUCAGCCUGUAAAGCAGUCUGUCACCAGUAAUGAUCCACACAGUAACAGUGUAAUCACACUUUUUCUUCUUCAGUUUGAAUCAAUAAUCAGAUUGUUGGUCAAAUCUUUUGUUUCUGUUUGAAUGUUUGAUCUCAGGGCAGAAAAAAUUAUUUCAUACAUAAAUAAAAUGUGUCUGAAAUAAA